AUGACGCCGCGCAAGAGACAAAAGACGGCAGCAGCACAGAACGGAACGACGAAUGGCGCCAAUGGACACCUGAACAAGACAGCGGAAGAUUACACGCCCGCGAAGCAACUGGACCUGAACCAAGAUCCCGAUCGCCUAUUGUUCGCUUACUGGGUCCCGAACGUCUCAGGCGGUCUCGUUGUCUCAAAGAUAGCGCAACGGACGAGUUGGGACCUUGCAUCCAACGUACGAUACGCCCGGACGGCCGAAUCAUACGGCUUCGAGUAUGCGCUCACCCAGAUUCGUUUCACCGCUUCGUAUGGAGCCGACAACCAGCACGAAAGUGUAUCAUUGUCUCAGGCGUUGUUGCACAACACCGAGCGCAUCAAGCUCAUCGCUGCAAUACUUCCCGGCCCAUGGAACCCCACUGUCGCAGCAAAGCAGAUCGCAAGCAUCGACAACUAUACCAACGGGCGCAUUGCGGUAAACAUAGUUUCAGGCUGGAACAAGAGUGAAUUCCAGAGUAUCGGGCAAUGGUGGCUCGAGCAUGCCGAACGGUACCGACGCUCCAAUGAGUUCAUCCGCGCACUCAAGGGCAUCUGGACUGCUGGUGACGAGGGCUUCACUUUCGGUGGCGACUUCUACCAGUUCCGGAACUACAAAUUAUCGCCCAAACCACUCCAGAAGCCGCACCCGGAGAUCUUCCAAGGCGGCAAUAGCGACGACGCCCGGAACAAUGGCGCCGAAGUCAGCGAUUGGUACUUCAUGAACGGGAACGAUCUGGAUGGCUUCCGCGAGCAGAUUGAGGAUGUGAAAGAGCGUGCGCGAAAAGCUGGGCGCGAAGGCAAAGUCAAAUUUGCGGUGAAUGGCUUCGUCAUCAUCCGUGAGACAGAAGAAGAAGCUAUCCGCGUGCUACAAGAGAUUCAAGGGAAAGCCGACACGGAGGCUGUUGAGGCGUUUCGAGAAGCUGUACAACAGGCUGGUGCCAGCACGGGUAACAAGAAGGGCAUGUGGGCGGACAGCAAGCUAGAAGAUCUGGUGCAGUACAACGACGGCUUCAAGACCAAGUUGAUUGGUACUAAAGAGCAGAUCGCCGAUCGGAUAUUGCUGUUGAAGAGUCUCGGCGUUGAUUUGGUGCUGACGGCUUACUUGCACUACGAGGAGGACAUCGAGCGCUUCGGCAAGGAAGUUUUGCCGUUAGUAAGGAAGUUGGAAGCUGCAGGCAGAGGCAGGGAUGUGGACGACGAGAUCAAGCGUACGGGUGAUAUUUAUCGGAAGUCGUAG